AUGAGCACAGAGGAGGGAGAGGCGGGUCCAGUUUGUGGGGAGGAGAGGAAGGAAGAACCGCAGGAAGGCACCACCAUCACCCAUCGCCACACCUGGGAGGAAGGCGGACCACGCGGCUCCCAAGGACAUCCGCACCCCGAUGAUGAGGACGAGGCAGAGGAGGAAGAGGGCCGGGAUGCAUGUGGGGGGAACGAAGGGAAUUUCAACGAGGAGAACAACGAGGAGAAUUUUUCCAGUGAGGAUGGGGCGGUCGGGGGCAGAUCAUGCAAGGCGCAGGCGAUGCAUUCAAACUGCAGCAGUGAAACCUGCAUCCCCACUCCCAGCUGCCGGAUCUGCUUCCAAGGCGCAGAGCAGGGCGACCUGCUGAACCCGUGUCGGUGUGACGGCUCAGUGCGCUACACCCACCAGCACUGCCUGCUGAAGUGGAUCAGUGAGAGAGGCUGCUGGACCUGCGAGCUCUGCUGCUACCGUUUCCAUGUCAUCGCCAUCAACAUGAAGAGACCGUGGCAGUGGCAGUCCAUCACCAUCACCCUGGUGGAGAAGGUGCAGAUUAUCGCGGUGUUUCUGGGCUCUCUCUUCCUGGUCGCCAGUAUCUCCUGGCUGCUGUGGUCAGCCCUCAGCCCGCAGGCAGUCUGGCAGCGCCGUGACGUCCUGUUUCAGAUCUGCUACGGCAUGUACGGCUUCAUGGACCUGGUCUGCGUAGGCUUGAUUGUCCAUGAGGGGGCAGCAGUGUACAACGUCUUCAUGCGCUGGCGGGCCGUCAACCUCCACUGGGAUGUGCAGAGCUACAACAAAGCGAAAGACAUGGAGGAGACGAGCACUGGCCAUUCCUCGUUGGGCCCCAGGACACUUUGGUUGCCUCUGGCCACCUUUGGACCCAACGGCCCCUUACACUCCACCCAGCUGGGGCCACAGCCAUGGACUUGCCUCUGCUUGGCCCCCUUCUGCCCCAGCCUGGUGCCCCGAAACAACCUCAGCCAGGACAGCGACUCAGGAGAGGUCGUUAUUCGUGUAACAUCGGUGUAACAAUAGGCAGUAUUUAUGCAGGAACAAAACAUCUGAUGGUUUACAUUUGGUGGUAAAAAUCUGAGCUUCUCUGGGCAGUUUAUAGAAUUACACAGUCUGAGUUUUUUUGUUGAUUUUCUUGUUGCCAAAUAAUUUCCUAGUGAGUCAGAGUUGUUUGUUCGCUCUGGGGCCGGUCCUCAAAACAAUAUUAACAGUUAAAAUAACUCUGAUGUGUUGGCGUUGCCUUUUAUACAGUCCAGAUCGUAAGUAUUUGGACAGUUACACAUUCGGUUUGAAAUAAAGUAAUGCAUACUACAUUAAAGUGCCAAGUCUCAGCUUUAAUUUGAAUAGGUUUACACCAAUAUAGAAAGAACUGCUUUGAAGAUAUAACUCUUAACACAGUGUCCAAAGUUUAGGGGUUCAAACGUAAUUGGAUAUUUGGUUACUAAAUGUUUGUUGGGCAGCUGUGUGUCAUUUCAACAUUAGUUCAGCACAAAAGAGCUUACAUGUGGCUCAGAGUUGACUGAGAGAUGCCAUUUAGAUUGAAGUGGAGUUGUCUGUCAAUAUGAGGUGUAAAAACGUGACAAUGCAAGUGAAGUAGAUAAUAAUGAGGCUAGAAAAAGCAAAAAGCAGAGAUAUCAGUUUACCAAAAUCAACAGUUGGGUACAUUUCCAAAAAGCAGGUGUGCCCAGGAAAACUAGAGAAUGGCAAACGAGGUGGUAGACCAAGGAGCACAAGUCUGGUAGACUGAGGAGCACAAGUCUGGUGGAUGAGCAGAAAUUCAUUUGCAUGGUGAAGAAAAAGCCCUUUAUGACUGCACAGCAAGUCAAGAAACUUCAUGACCAGAACCUCAGAGGAUUUAUCAUAAGAUGCAAAUCCUUGGUAAGCCUCAAAAACAGAAAUCUGAUCAUCAACCCUUAUGUUGAUGUAAACCUACACAAAAUGAAGUGGAGACUUGGCACUUUAAUGUAGUAUCCAUUAUUUGAUUUUAAAUUUAAUGUGCUGAAGCACAGAGCCUGAAGAAUAAAAAAAGUGUUACUGUGAAAUACUUCAGGUCUGGACUGUAUGUAUAGACAGACAUGAACCACACCCAUCUCCACACUUUUGUUUUUCCAGAACCCUCGUGGCAUAUGGAAAAGAAGAUAGGUGCAGGAGUUAAAAAUACUGUGCAUUGACAAUAUAGCACUAAAUCCAAUUAGUUUGGCUUUAAUUACAUUAAAUGUGGACUUAGGCUGAUUUAAGGCAUUCAUGCUUGUUUGCCUUUAUCAGGCACUUCUGCAUAAUUUAGCACCAAGCUUUCAAAAAGUUUUACAACUUGGAUGAUGAUGUGAAUAAAAGUUAGAAAAUGCUUAUUAGGAUGAAUCCCACGUCAUGAAUGCAACAUUUGUGCAGAUUUGUACAAAGGCACAUACUUCAUAUCUUGGUAAGACAGAGACCUCUCCGAAAUCACAUGCAUGUAUGUUGAGCCUGUCAUGUUCCUCUAGAACUUCCCAUGUUCAUGUCACCACCUCCACUGAACCAGGCUAUGUUGUUGGCUAGAUGUAGCUAUUUUUUUAAAUAUUGCGUCCAUUGGCUGUUGGUGGAUAAAAAACACAGACUAAAGCAAAACAAAAACUUCUUUGCGUCCAAUCUUAACGCAACUUCAGGCUCAGCUCAGCAUCUAUCAGCUGCAUCUCAUUAGGCUCAGCUGCACUUGUUACUUUUAGCUUUAUUUUGUUCAGCGUUGAAUAUUAUAAUGCACACAUUAACAUGCUUACAUAAAAACAUCAUGCUAACAUUUUAAUAUUAGCAUGUUAACAUGCUACUACUAGCACAUUAUUAUACCUAGCAUGUUGACAUGAUAAUAACAUAAUGUUUAGUAUAUUAAACAUGCUAACACGGGGUAAUUCUGGGCUUAGAAUUGUACUGAAAGGGUGUACAGCUUUGAAUUUACUAGUAAAUCUUUCAAAAACUGAGAGCUUUGUAUCUUUAUCACUGUUUCUUGGGAUAAAUCUGCUUCAUAUUUUGUACAAAAAAUAUGCACUAAUGGAGGACCAGAUCCCAGCAAGCAUUUGAUGGACAAGGAUGUAGAAUUCAGUGAUUCAGCAAGAUAGCAAAUGAGCACAAAACAAAAACUGAUGUCAGAAAGAUAUUGAGGUUUCAGUUUAACACAAUGCAGGCAGCAAAUAUGCACAUAUCUUAAUGUCAUUUUAACUUUAUGUCUUCUAGUUUUCAGCAUUGGCAAAUGCUGGCAUAUCAACAUCUGUUCAGUACCAGAAUGUUUGCUGGGCUGCCACAAAGAAUUGAUCCUCAGAUGAUUUGUGCCGGUAUAAAUACAGCUGUUGAAAAUUGUGGUUUUGAUCUGUCUGUAUGCCAUUCUGUUGAGCUUCCAGGAGC